ACCCAGCCAAUUACCCUCCAUCCCCCCCUCUUUACCAUCCUUGUCGUGUCCAACCAAAAUCGACCUCUCAUCAUCAACCAACCCAUCCAGAACGAUCUCAAGAAACGCUUGUAUCCAAUUCACGAUGGAUGAUGACGAGGCUUUCCUCUACGGUGAUGAUGUUCCCGAGACGACGGUCGAAGCUGGAAAACCGGCUGGUGGUCAAUCGGUCCAACCAGCCGUAGAACCUACACCUCCCCUAAACCUACCUGGAAAACCUAUCUCGCCGGUCCCUGCCACUAUCCCAACUACAACUGAACAAGUACAUCGUGCUUUCGAGCUCGCCUCCAAUGCUCUUAUACCUUCCGAACCACUCCCCAUCCCACUCCCAUCUCACCCCGUAGAACCUGCCACUGCUCCGUUCACUCAGGCUCCCCCAAUACAGGCCGCAGUCGAUGAGCAUAGCCGAAACCAGAGCAUUAAUGUCGAUGGCACCGGUAUGGUAGAAGAAGCGGAUGAAGAAGAGGAAGACGAUGAAGUGGGGGACGAGCAAGCUCUACCGGAGGAUUCUGAUGAGGAUCUGGAUAUCAUUUUAGAAGGCGACACCUCAGUUGCUCCUACAGCACCCCCAUCACGUCCCUCAACACAACCCUUGCGUUUUGAAGCUCCGCGAGACUCAGUUCCUUUGGGUCAACCCAUCCAGCAACUCAAUGUUACCACGGAAUACAAACCGCUUGAACGAGUCGACUUGAAGCUUGUUGAUCCAGCUUCUCUCCUACCUCUCAAACCUAGUCCUAUGCCCGUCGCCCAGCCCAAUCCAUCUCCUCGGCACACCCCCCACCAUAAUAGCCACAACAGAUUGCCCACCCCUGAGAAUUUUCCGGCCCCAGGUACUCCUCCUCCUCAACCACCCGCAGAACUGAAGCCGCCCGAUUUACAAGCCGAUAAUCCAGUGAUUCCAUCGGGUUACGAUGACAAAGAUGGGUCUGCAUUGAUGAACUUCGAUUUCGAUGCCCUCCCCGAAAGUGAGAAAGGUUGGAAAAAACCUGGUGCGCAUCUUGCAGAUUGGUUCAAUUACGGCUUCGACGAGACCACAUGGAGAACAUAUGUCAUGAAACAGAAGAGGUUGCGCAAGGAGGAAGGCUGGGCUGCGAACCCGUUUGCGGCUUUCGCCAUGGGUAAUGUAGAACAAGCCUGGGCAGGACUUCCUCCAGAACUGAAAGAUGUCAUGAUGGGGAUAAUUAUGGGAAAUUCAUCGGGGUCGAGAAACAAUAAUCAUGCUCCACAAAUGGCACCAUCGAUACCUCCGAUGAUGGUGAUGAAUCCUAUGAUGCAGGGGAUGGAGAUGGGAGGAUACGGUAUGCAGGGAAUGUCUGGUAUGAUGGGUGGGGCUAACCCACAGAUGAACGGAGGACAUAAUCCAGGCCUGAAUAAUCAACACACUGAGGGCGCUAGUAGAGUCAUUAAGCAAGACCCAGGCGGUGCUUCUGAGCAGCCAGAAGAUUUGUCUGCCCUCUACGGUGAUGAUAUGGACCCGCGAGAGCAACGUCAUCAUGAGCAACAAAGAAUGCAGGACCAAAUGCGACACAUGCAGCAUAUGAACCACAUGGGUAUGGGCGCUGGCUUCAUGCCUGGAAUGGACCUCGCUGCAAUGUUUGGGAAUCCAGAUCAUCCGAUGUUCAUGAAUGGGCCUUCGUUUAACGGGAUGAUGGAAAUGCCACAAAUGCCACAUAUGCAGCAUAUCCCAGCGCAAAUGCAGCAGCAGCAGCAGCAACAACAACAACAACAGCAGCAGCAGCAACAGCAACAGCAAAAACAACAACAGCCGAUUGGACUUGGGCCCUCAAUUAACAUGACGAAGCCACCCAGCCUAAACUCAACACCCAUCAGCACACCGGUCAAUCCAGCUCAGACGAUUCAAACGGGCAUCAGGUCCGAUUCGCCCGGCAUUCUUACCCCGAUUUCGUCGUCUGCGACCGGCCCAGCGACCCAUACAGCAACACCUGGCGACUCGCCAAGUUUGGCAGCAAUGCCUAGUCCUGCAAGCGCAAGAGGACGAGGCGCAAGGCCUGGGGGGAGGGGAAGAGGAAACGCUCAAGCCAGUGCAUUUCUGGCUGCCGCUGCCGCUCGCGGUCGGGGUAGGGUGAUAUCCGCCUCAAACUCUGUCACACCCCUAGCUCCUGUCCCCGCUAUUCCUCUGCUGAGUCCUAAGAUCGAUCCGCCUGUCCAAGCAACGCCGGCUGCUGUACCUGUGGCAACCACCCCGGUAUCUUCAGUACCGCCCACUAGCGAAAGUUUGACUGAGCAUGCAUCCGUCCGACCAGUAUCACCAUUGCCAUCGAACGUUCCUACAGGACCGCGACGAGCAGCGCCAGGCAGUGGCGCACCACUCCCACGGGGACCCCGAGGUGUGCCGGGUGGAUACUUUGACAAGGAUGCAGCGGGUGGUCGGGGAGAUGAAGGACUGGACUACGGCGGCGGAGGAGGAGAUAGUCCACGGGAGGAUCGCAAAUCGAUCAGUCGGCGACACAGUCACAAGAGUGAACGAGAGAAAUCGGAGAAGGAUUCUCAACGGUUCGAGAGAGGCGAAGAUCCUGCGGACAGGUCUCGGUCGAAAUCGCGGGACAAAGAGCUCGCCGACGAGAAAGAAUUCCCCCAUAAAUCUUCCAAGUCUCGCCAUCGACAUCGGGCCCGGUCCAAAUCUAAGGACCCCGCCGAACAUCGCAGUAGUCGUGAGAAGGGCGACAAGGAUAAAGACGAGGGCGGUCAUAAAUCCAGCAAAUCUACUAAUGGGGGGAGAAGGAGUCGUCGGAGUCGUCGGGCAACUGAGGGUGAUGAGAGAGAUGAUGAGCGUUCGCCCCAUGAGGUUGGUGAAGAACGUGACAAGGAGAAAGAGCGGGAUCGUGAUCGCGAUCGCAAUCGCGAAAAGGAUCACUAUAAGGAUAAGGACGAGGAUGAUCAUGCUGAUGGUGACUAUUCAGCGCCAAACUCUGGCUCUCGUAAACGAAAACCGAAAGAAGAGCGGAGCAGUCGAUCAAAGAGGGAACGAGCUGAUUGAUAAAUCAUUCGCUCACUGUUCAUCCGUCUCAUCAUUCUUUUUUUUUCCCCUCUUGAUACACACUAUUGUCUUUAGUCAUUGAAGCACACCUCCCUAUUCAUAUUAGUUAUUACAAUAAUUGGAGGAGAAAAAAAUACAGCAGACUUGAUGAAGCUUGCUGGUUUGAUUUUUUUGCUUGUCUUUUCUGGUUUCUCUCUUCAUUCAUUCUUUCCUUCCUCUCUUUCUCAAACAUUACAAAAUCUUCCCCCUCCCCCCAAAAUCAA